CGUUGACAAAUUGAAGAACGGCGCGCAGCAGCAGUAAAAAACGCGGCCGCUCAGGGUUUAAGAGAGCAGAGCGGGCGUCGUCUAGGGUUUAAGAGAAAGCUUCGUUCAAUCAAUAUUCUCCCGUCUCAAAAAUGGGUUUUUGGGGCAUUGAAGUGAAACCAGGCAAACCGUACCCUUACCAUUCUGAUAAUGUGCCGGGAAAGCUCCGGAUAACUCAGGCAACUUUGGGCUCUGGCUCAUCGAAAGAGAGAAGCAUCAUUCAGUGUUCUGUUGGGCAUAGGAGUCCAAUUUUUUUGUGCUCUUUGAUACCGAAUAAGAUUGAAUCAUGCCCCUUGAAUCUUGAAUUUGAGGAAGAUGAUUUGGUAGCCUUCUCAGUUAUCGGCCCACAAAGCAUCCAUCUUUCUGGUUAUUUUGUAGCUGAUGAGGGAAAUUUCAUCAGGGAUGACUAUGAGUCUGAUUCUUUUGGGGAGGACAUUGCAGAAACGGAUACAGAGGAUUCAUCAGAAUGUGACACUGGGGAUGAAUAUGAUGAUGAAUUCAUUGACGAUGAGGACGAUGAAUACCCUGGAAUAUUCUCUAAUUCGUCAGUUCCUAAAAGUGGAGUUGUAAUUGAGGAGAUAGUGGAUGAUGAAAAAUCAAAUGAUGCCAACGGUCGAGCCAAGAAAGUGAAGAAAAACAAGUCUAGUGACUCUGAAGACAAUAGGAACUCACAGCGUCAGAUUGUAUUGAAAAGAAAUGUGCAAAAAGCAGUUCCAGAAAGUGAAGAUGAAGAUGGAUUUCCAAUUCCUACUCAAAGCAAGAGCAAAGUAAAUAUUCAGAAGCUAGAAUCUGAGCAAGAACAAAAAAACCCAAGUACUGGGAAUGUGAAGGAGGCAAAAGCAAAAGAUGGCAAUGAUGCUUCUAGCAUAAAAAGAAAAGUCGAAAAUGAUGAGCAAGUUGAUCUUUUGGAAAGCAAAAAGAAAAAGAAGCAAAAGAAGAAGGUAAAAGAAGAAAAGGCUGGGGAAGAGCCACCAAAAGAAGUGAAGAGUGAAGGUGUCAAUCAGAUUUCUGAUGGAGAUAAGAAUGAUAAAAAGCUAUCUAAACAGAGGGAUGCCUCGACUCACAUGGACGUUGUUGAUGGUGAAAACCAUUCGGAAGAUAAACAAAAAAAGAAAAAGAAAAAAGAGAAGAAAAAAAAGGAGGAGAAGAACAAGGAGACUGAAGUCGGAUCAAAAUCCGAAGAACUAACUAAAACGGUGGGAGAUCAUCGUAAAUCAACUCUCGGGUCAAAAGAGAAGGGAAGCGAAUCCAAGUCAUCUCAAGUGAGAACCUUUGCUAAUGGGUUGGUUAUUGAGGAGAUAGCCAUGGGUAAACCAGAUGGUAAAAGAGCUUCACCCGGAAACCAGGUUAGUGUUCACUACAUUGGCAAGCUAAAGAACGGCAAAAUAUUUGACAGUAACGUCGGUAGAGCACCGUUCAAAUUCCGUUUAGGUUUGGGACAGGUGAUAAAGGGAUGGGAUGUCGGGGUUAAUGGUAUGCGUAUUGGGGAUAAAAGGAGAUUGACUAUUCCUCCAUCAAUGGGUUAUGGAACUGCAGGUGCGGGAGGGAAGAUUCCGCCGAACUCAUGGCUUAUUUUUGAUGUGGAAUUGGUUGGUGUCCGCUGAAUUCAACGGCCUUCCCAUUGCCUGACUGCACCAACUGGUAGUCUUAAUGAAAAUUUUGUUUCUAUUUUUACUUACCAUCAAUCUCAAUUUUGUAUGUUACUUGAUAUCAUCUGCGCGAACCUAAUUUUGGAUCAAUGAGAUCACAUCUCUAAACUUACAUUUAGAUAUGGAAUUAUGAUUUUGGAGCUGAAAGUGUUGCUAAU